AUGAAGGUUACUGUCACGACACACGGCGACAACUUGAUUGUGCUUGAUGUAAGCGAGGAUUUAGAACUAAUCAAUUUCAAAGCACUAUGUGAAGUGGAAACUGGAAUUCCAUCACAGGAGACUGGACUAACACACAAUGGUCAGCUUUUGGUAGACGAUUUUAGUACGAUGAAAAACUUAGGUGUUCGUGAAGGAGACGUUAUCAUAAUUCAAAGGGUUGCGAGUACCGCUACUCCAAUGGAUCACUCAUUUAGCAGUCCAAGCAAUAGCAAUAUGUUACCACAAUUUGACUUUAGCCGUAUUCAAGUGCCUGGUUCGUCUAAUAGCAAUAACCCAGGAACCAACAGACAACACCAAAUGCAGGAUGCAGAAUAUGUUAGGAACUUAUUUCUCUCCAGUCCAGAACAACUAGCUCUUCUUAAGCAAAAUAAUCCCAGACUUGCAGAUGCAUUGUCCUCAAACAAAAUUGAAGAAUUUUCAAAAGUCAUGGCUGAGCAAAUGGAAGAACGAAAUAAGAGGGAAGACCAAAGAAUUAAAAUGAUGAAAGCUCAUCCAUUUGACUCUGAAGCACAAAAAUUAAUAGCAGAAGAAAUACGUCAAAAAAACGUUGAAGCUAACAUGGAAGCCGCUAUGGAAUAUAAUCCAGAAAUGUUUGGAACAGUUGUCAUGCUUUAUAUCAAUUGUAAAGUGGAUGGAUAUCCUGUGAAAGCUUUUAUUGAUUCUGGAGCUCAAACUACUAUAAUGUCAUCCGCUUGUGCUGAAAGAUGCAACAUCAUGCGUUUAGUUGAUAAUAGAUGGGCUGGGAUAGCUAAAGGUGUUGGUGUACAGAAAAUUAUUGGCAGGAUACAUAUGGUCCAAGUUGCAAUUGAAAAUGAUUUUUUAACAACCAGUUUUUCUGUUCUUGAAGAUCAGCCAAUGGACAUGCUUCUUGGAUUAGACAUGUUAAAAAGGCAUCAGUGUUGCAUAGACCUAAAACAUAACGUCUUGAAGAUUGGAACAACAGGGACUGAAACUCCAUUUUUGCCUGAAAAUGAAUUGCCAGAUUGUGGCCGUUUAACUACAUCUAGUGAUUAUGAUGGAUCUAAAAAAGAAGAAAAAGAACUAAAAAAAGCUAUAGAUGAAAGCAAAAAAAUGAAUCAAAGUAGUGGUAGUAGCAGUAAUUCUAGUCAAUCAUUUAAAGAAACUGAUAUUAUAGAACUGAUCAACUUAGGAUUUUCUAGAGAGCAGGUUAUUCAAGAAUUAAAAAGAUUCAAUGGAAAUAAAAAUGAAGCAAUGGCCUCCUUAUUUGCAAAAAUAUUAAAAUUUUGA